AUGGCCGGCGGGAAGGAGCCGAUCGAGGUCAAGUUCCGGCUCUUCGACGGCACGGACAUCGGCCCCAGCAAGUACGACCCCGCCACCACCGUCUCCGCGCUCAAGGACUUCAUCCUCGCCCGGUGGCCGCAAGAUAAGGAAAUAACUCCAAAAACUGUCAAUGACCUGAAGCUCAUCAAUGGUGGAAAGAUAUUGGAGAAUAACCGGACACUUGCCGAGUCGCGUGUUACAAUAGGAGAGGUCCCUGGAGGUGUAAUUACAAUGCAUGUGGUAGUGCGCCCUCCACAAGUUGACAAAAACCGUGGUAUUGCCGACAAUUUUACGCCUUUUCUUUCACAUUGUGUUCCUGGUUCUGUAAUGAUCUCUUACAUUCUGUUAAAUUCAAUGAAUGAAAAUUGUUGGAUACAAUCAACUAUCGUUUUAGAUUCUAUGCUUCAGAAAUCCACACGUAUAGGCAUGAAUCUGUAUAAUCCAAAUGCUGCAGCCUGCAAGACGAACCCACUUAUUUCCAUGGAGUGA